AUGGCUGGGAAACCCAAGUUCGCUAUCCUAGACGACUACCAGGGUAUAUCGUCGGCGCAUUUUGCGUAUCUCGAAUCGCGAGUUGACAUUUCGCGUUUCCCCGAGACUCUCGAUCCCCGCGAUCCUACCCAGAGAGAUGCCUUGAUCCAGCGACUGCACCCUUUCGAUGUCAUCUUAGCCAUGCGAGAACGCACGCCCUUCGCCGCGGAUACUGUUAAGGCGUUGCCCAAUCUGAAGUUGUUGCUGACAACCGGUACCCGAAACCUUGCGUUGGAUCUGCAAGCCUGCGCGGACAAAGGGAUCGCUGUCGCUGGUACGGAGGGACGUCCACCGGGAGUAAACUCGACUGUGCAGCAUACUUGGGCUUUGAUCCUUGCUCUGGCACGUCACAUUGCUCGCGACGAUGCCGCCGUAAAACAAGGGGGCUGGCAAGGUUCUCUGGGUAUCAACCUCUCUGGCAAGACACUGGCCCUGCUUGGUCUGGGUAAACUCGGGUCGCAAGUAGGCAAGAUCGCCAUCCAAGCCUUCGGGAUGGACGUUAUUGCCUGGUCAGCCAACCUGACACAGGAGAAGGCGGAUGAACAAGCUCAGGCCCAGGGACUUCCCGCUGGCAGUUUCGUUGCCGUGCCCUCCAAGUCCGAAUUCUUCCAACGCGCUGAUGUUGUGAGCCUGCACAAUGUGCUCUCCGAUCGUAGCCGUGGGAUUCUUGGGGCUCCAGAGUUGGCUGUUGUGAAGCCAACAGCGAUGAUCGUUAACACAUCACGCGGGCCACUUAUUGACCAGGAAGCCUUGCUAGAAACUCUCAACGCCGGUCGGAUUCGCGGUGUAGCGCUCGAUGUCUUUGACCCUGAACCUCUUCCAGCAGAUAGCCCAUGGCGGACAACGGCCUGGGGUAAGGAUGGACGCAGCGAGGUGGUUCUGUCACCACACAUGGGAUACGGUGAGGAGGAACUGAUCAACGGGUGGUAUAAAGAAGUAGCGGAGAAUCUGGAGCGGUGGCUGGAUGGAAAGGAGCUGAAAAAAAAGAUGAAUUAA